CAUAGUGUCCGAAAGAAAAAAAAAAAAAAUCCCAGACGAAAUGAGAUCAUGGAAAGAAAUCUGAUGAAACCAGCGUUUGGGUUCUUAUAUUGGUCAAAUGGAGUUUUUAAUCUUCCAAAAAGGAAGAAAGAUGAGAGAAGAACAAGACAAUACGAUUUUUUCUUCGUUUGUUGGAGCAGGUAAGGGGAAUCAAUAUUUUUAUUGGAUGGGAUUUCUUAAUGCUAUCCUGAUGUGGGUUUUAGAGAGAGAGCGAGAAAGAAAGAGUURUUGAAGUGGGGGUUUGAGUUUCGGGAGGAGAAGAAAAAUGGCGGGCGAAAAGGAGAACAGCGAGACGAUGAACCUCAUACUCACUGAUCCCCAGCUUCUUGAUUGCUAUAUUUGCUUUGAACCCUUGUCCGCGCCUCUCUUUCAGUGUAAGAAUGGGCAUAUUUCUUGCUCUAGCUGCUGCAUCAAAGCUCACAACCAAUGCUCGAGCUGUGGCUUGGAAAUUGGCCAUAUGMGUUGCAGACCAAUCGAAAAGCUUCUGGAGUCGGUCAAGAAGCAUUGUCGAAACUCAAUAUACGGCUGCAAAACGAUGAUAUAUUGGAACAAGAUAAAUGACCACGAGUCAUUGUGCGUGUAUGAACCAUGUUCAUGCCCUUUAUCCAAUUGCUCAUUUGUGGGUUCAUCCGGGCAGGUAUUCUCACAUUUCACCAAGAAGCACAAAAGCCCUGCCCUGAGCUUCUCAUAUGAUUCCAAAUUCACAAUGUGCUUCAACACUGGUGAAACUUAUCAUCGUAUUCUUCAGGAAAAGGUAGAUGAAACUCUGUACCUCCUCUCUUACACGUCCGAACCUUUUGGGAAUGCAGCAACCGUGAGUCGGAUUGGACGUUCGAUGUCGAUGAGAAAGUUUCACUAUGAAAUCAAAGCAAAAGCUGAGGAGCGUGUUCUUUGUUUGCAAUCAAUAGCGAAGGAGAUCCGAGCUCAGGUUGAGGUUACCUCUCCUUCAAAUGGAUCCCUUUUGAUUCCAAAGGACUUCUUUGAAUCUUCAUCCCGGCAGACCUUGGAGAUACGCAUCUGGUGGCGUGCAAGCCAAAAUUAGUAACACUGAAUUCAAGUCUGUUGGCUUGGCUGUGAAUGUGACCUUGGUUGCCUUUUCUUUUGCAUCUCUUCUGCCUUUGGUGAAUUUCCAGUGUGUAUUGCACUUUCUUCUGAGGAAAGAUGCAUAUGCUUUAAGCUUUGCUCACAACGUUGGAGAUUCGAAUUCACAAUUUUACGUGUCUAUGAGAUCAUGCAUCAUAAUCCUGUAUACAUCUCGUUCUCUCAAGUUUUAGGGUCUAGUGUAAAUUAUACUAA